AUGCUUCAGAAAUAUGAUCUUGAGGAUAAUAAUUGGUUGAAAAAUACAUUUGCAAUAAGGGAGAAAUGGUCCAUGACAUAUGGGAGAAAUACAUUCUCAGCAGGUAUGCGAAGCACACAAUUAAGUGAAAGCUUUAAUGCAUCUUUAAGGGGAUAUUUAAAAUCUGAUCUGGAUAUUGUUCAGUUUUUUAAAUAUUUUCAAAGACCGGUUGAUGAUAAACGUGUGAAUGAGAAUAAGUCAAAUUUUGACAUGACUCAAAAAAUACCUAAUUUAAAGGUUAAACUUCCUUUACGGAUUCACGCUAGGGAAGUGUACACCCCAACUAUAUUUGACAUAUUUCAAAAUGAAUGGGAAAGAUCAUUACUGAUUUCAAUAAAGGAUUGUUAUGACGAAGGAGAAGUGUGUACCUACAGUGUUAGCAGUCUUGGAAGUGUUAAGAAGCAUGUUGUAACAGUUAAGCGACAUGCUUUGAAGAUCCCGUACAUACUGAAUAUAAAGGAUAUGAUUCAUGUACAUUACAUAUUAAAGAGGUGGACCAAAGAUGCUACGAACAUAAAUGAGAUGGAUGCCAGUCUAGUUGAAAAAGACAUUGAUCCGAAAGUUGAAGUUACCACAAGGUAUAGACAUUUAUGUCAUACUUUUGUUCAAAUUUCAAGUGAAGCUUUAGAAUCCAAAGAAGGAUAUGAAUUGGCUGUAAAAGGUGCAAAUGAGAUAAUUUUCAAGUUAAAAGAUAUUAAGAGGAUGAAUGAAUCGGCAGAAAAGUUGGCUACAAGCAAUAGUAUUCAAAACGAAUUGAGUGAAAUAAUAUUUAUUGACAAUACAACCUCACAAAGCAAGCAAUUAGAUGACCUUCCAAAUCUUCGGGUCUCACGUCCGUCUUUAUCUAACACUUCAAAUGCUAUGCCUCAUAGGAUGUCUCGAGAGAGAGCCAAACAUGCGGCAUUGCCGCCAGCUCAAGAGAAUAUUGAGAAGUUAGAAAAGGUUGUAAAACAGGGAAAUUACUAUGGAGCUCAACAGAUGUUCAAGUCUAUUAGCGCCAGAUAUGUGUCUUCUGAGAGGUACUCUGAAGCCUUGAAAAUCUGCUGUUUGAUAUUUGUGUUGAAUGUUAGCUCAGUUGUGUGCGCCUUCUCACAGAAGUUCUUAUGGAUUAGUUCUGUAGUCGUUCUAGUACAGCAGUAUAAUGACCGAUUUUUCUGCUAA